UUACCGACACCACGAACAGCAGAUAAGAUGUAUUCAAUAGUAAAACACAUGUAAUUCAAAACUAUACAAAAAAAUCGUAACAAUUUGGCGUUUUUUUUAUAGUUUUUGGUUUGUUAAUCCUGUAAUCUUGUGACGUUGCGAUUCUGAAGGUGGCUCGUGAGUGAGAGGUGGGGCUAAAACACACUACUGUCUGAGGAUUGGUCGCUAGAGAGCGGUCACUUCCGCGUUAGAUGUCAUGGAUUAAAAACAGAAAAGCGCCAUUUUUUAAUUUGAUUGAUUAGAGCGGGAAGAGGCACGAUUCAACAUGGGACGACGGUGACAUCCUUUAAGAAAUGAUGUCACCGGCGUCGCUGACUGGUUAAAAUUGCCUGAACAGUCUAUGGCUGCAGCGCUCCCUUACUUUGCCAUACGCAUGACAGCCACAAAUGCCUCCGAAAAGAAAUUAAUAUUCUGCAGAUUACAAGCUGCAAGUCGUGAAAUAUGCAGCCAGAAACGGUCAUCCAGCAGCAGAAAGAAAGUUUGGAGUGAACGAGAAACUUGUGAAGGACUGGCGAAAACGACUGCAAUGAAGAAAACCAAAAAAAGCUAACUGCGGGCUCAAAGCUGGAUGGCCACAGGUCGAGGAACACGCUGACAAAUGGGUGCUCGAGCAACGUGCUGCCGGGAGAGGCUUGUCAACAAUGCAGGUACGGUACGUCUCCACGCCCAGGCGGCUCCCGACUCCGGGACAGGCGAGUUCGGAGGUCACGUCAGACAUUUUCGUGCGGCUCCGAUCCAGAGAGCGAGAUGAUGAUGAGGGUGGGAAAGGUGGAGUGGGAGCCGGGUAGCGCUCUCCAGAAGGCGGUUGCCAUGGAUUUCUCGCCCAAAGCUUGCGCUUCAGCGGCACGUCCCACUUGUGAUGUCAGAGAUAGAGAGAGAGAGAGAAAGAGGCAAGGAGCCUGUUGCUCAUCAUCAUCAUCAUCAUCAUCCAAGCUGCUGCGUCUUCCUCCUUCGCCCUUGGGCAUCUUUUAGCCACCAAACAGCUGCUCCCAUUCAAAGUCACAGUGACAGCGUCUGCGUGUCAGGUGGCGUGUCAGGGAUGCUAGGAGGCCAGUAAAGAUGACCCUGCUGGCGGGUGACGGCUCUGACUACGACUACAGCGCCCUGAGCUGCGCCUCCGACACCUCCCUCGGCCCUCCGCCCCUGCAGGAGCAGGAGGCCCGCAAGGGAGCCUUCUACAAGAGGGCGCAGCGGGUCCCCGAGCCGGCCCCCGGCCGCCACGCGGUGCCGCUGUCCAACGCCCACAAACUCCACGCCAUUAUCAAUGUGGGCGGCGUGCGCUACCAGCUCCCCUGGACCACCCUGGAGGACUUCCCGCUGUCCCGCCUGGGCCAGCUGCACCUGUGCAGCAGCUUCGACGAGAUCAUGCGUGUCUGCGACGACUACGACGUGGCGCGCAACGAGUUCUUCUUCGACCGCAGCCCCUGCGCCUUCCGCACCAUCCUGACCUUCCUGCGGGCGGGCAAGCUGCGCUCCCUCAGGGAGAUGUGCGCCCUCUCCUUCAGGGAGGAGCUGCUCUACUGGGGGGUGCCCGAGGAGAGCCUGGAGUGGUGCUGCCGCCGUCGCCUGCUGCGCCGCAUGGAGGAGCUGGAGGCCAUGGAGCAAGCGGCCGAGGAGGACGAGCUCCUGCGGGACCUGUCCGAGUCGGACAGCGGGGGGCAUCCCGCCGAGUCCCGCUUGAGCGGCUUCAUGUCCAAGCUGAGGGACAUGGUGGAGAGACCUCACUCUGGACUCCCUGGGAAGAUCUUUGCUUGUUUGUCCGUCUUGUUUGUCACCAUCACUGCCGUCAACCUCUCCAUCAGCACCAUGCCUGCCAUGAGGAGGGAGGAGGAGGCGGGCACCUGUUCCCGGAUGUGCUACAACAUCUUCAUCGUGGAGACGGUGUGCGUGGCCUGGUUCUCCCUCGAGUUCUCCCUGCGCUUCAUCCAGGACCGCUCCAAGCUGAGCUUCCUGCGUCAGCCCCUCAACCUCAUCGACGUGCUGGCCAUCCUGCCCUACUACAUCACGCUGCUGGUGGACGCCACCUCCACGGCCGAGCGCCGCCCCAGCUCAGGCGGCAGCUACCUGGACAAGGUGGGCCUGGUGCUGCGCGUGCUACGGGCGUUGCGCAUCCUCUACGUGAUGCGACUGGCCCGCCACUCGCUGGGCCUGCAGACGCUGGGGCUGACGGCCCGCCGCUGCACGCGUGAGUUUGGCCUGCUGCUCCUCUUCUUGUGUGUGGCCAUCGCCCUCUACUCGCCGCUGCUCUACCUGAUGGAGAACGAGAUGGCCGCUGCGCAGGAGUUCACCAGCAUCCCCGCCACCUACUGGUGGGCUGUCAUCACCAUGACAACGGUGGGUUACGGCGACAUGGUGCCCCGCAGCAUCCCGGGCCAGGUGGUGGCGCUGAGCAGCAUCCUGAGCGGCAUCCUCCUCAUGGCCUUCCCCGUCACCUCCAUCUUCCACACCUUCUCACGCUCCUACGUGGAGCUCAAGCAGGAGCAGCAGAGGCUCCUGCAGAGGAGGACGCACUUCCUGCUGAGGGGCCACCUGGGGAGCAACCUCUCCCUGGAGAGCGACAUGCUCUUCCCCAUCGGGACGUCAGACGCCCGGGACAUGGACGACUGACGGGGAGGUGAGGACGAGAAGUCUUCCCAGAGACACAGCCUUCUCGUGUAGCAUCCGCAGCCGGAAGAAUGGCACGUCACGCACCUUCAGUAUGUCCUCAUCCUCUUACAAUCAUACUCGACAACUACACCACACAUGCUCUCAUUCUAGCGCAAAGAGGUGCAGCCAGGAGAUUAUUAGAGAGAACAGGCCUCCUUCUAUAAAACAAGUUACUUUUUUUAACCUGAAACUAGCUCUCCAUAUGCUCAUUCAUUUAGAAACCAAUGUUGUAGAAGUGGUAAGCCGCGAACUGCUGAGUCAGCAUUAAAAUCGCUGAUGAGUUUGUUGUCAAUGACGCAGUUUAAAGCGCAGGCUGAGCUCACAAGUAUUGUAUAUGGUGCGCUGAUGAGUUUGUUGUAAACAACAGUUAGAACAGUUUAGAGCGCACACAGAGCUGGCAAGUAUGUUGUUAACACAGCAGCCACAGAACCAAUAUUGUAACAGUGGCAAGGCGCAAACUGCUCAGUCAGCAUUAAUAGCGCUAAUGAGUUUGUUGUAAACAACAGUUACAACAGUUUAAAGCGCAUGCAGAGCUGGCAAGUAUGUUGUUAACAACACAGCAGCCACAGAACCAAUGUAACAGUGGCAAAGCGCAAGCUGCUCAGUCAGCAUUAAUAGCGCUGAUGAGUUUGUUGUAAACAACAGUUACAACAGUUAAAAGCGCACGCAGAGCUGAAAAGUAUAUGGCUAACAACACAGCAGACACGGAACCAAUGGUGUCACAGCGGCAAGGCACAAACUGCUUAGUGAGCAUUAGUACUGGGGAUGAAGCAAAUAACAGUUUAAAACGCACACAGGACUGGCAAGUGUAUUGCACAACACAGAUCCAACAGAACCAAUGUUGUAAUAGCGGCAGGGCGCAAACUGCUGUGUCACCUUCAAAAGCGCAGAUGAGUUUGUUAUAAACAGUUGUUUACAGUGCACGCAGAGAUUCCAAGUGUAUUGUUCACAACUCCGCAGCCACAGAACCAAUGUUGUCACAGCGGUAAGGCACAAACUGCUCAGUCAGCAUUAGUAGCACCAAUGAAGUAAACAACAGCUCACGACAGUUUAAAGUGCACGCAGAGCUGUAUUGCACAGCAAUACAGUGUAUUGCACAGCACAGACACAACAAAACCAAUGGCGGCAGAGAGCAAACUGCUGAGUCAGCAUCAAAAUCGGCGAUGAGUUUGUUGUAAAUAACCAUUUACAGCACACACAGAGCUCGCAAGUAGAUUCCGAGUGUAUUGCGCAACACAGUACCCACAGAGACAAUGUUGUUAUAGCAGUAAGCCGCAAACUGCUGAGUCAACAUUGAAAGCGCUAAUGACUGUGCUGUCAACAACACUUCAAAGCGUACGCAGAGCUCGCAAGCGCACUGCACAGAACGGCAGCAACAGACGCAGUGUUGCAAUAGCGAAUUAUGAUGCGUGUAAUAUGCACAACUUUCACAGCAACAUUGUAGAGUGCAUGCAGAGCUAGAGAAAUCUGCCGGAUGCUCCUAAGUUCAGCAAAAAUGCGAAAUCUGGAGGUUGCCCACAGCCGCAGCUGUUAAUGCGCUACCCAGCGGCUUUAGGAGCCCUGGCGGUUCAUAGAAUGGAGGCCUUAAUUGGAGCAUUGGAAAUGGAGGACACUUCAUUAGGUACACAUGUAGACAUUAUUAUCAACAUCAAUGGUAAUAAAACACAUGUGGAUAUACAGCAUAUACACUGUACAUAGUUCAUAUGUUAGUCAUGUGUACGUGAUAAUAAUGAUAAUAACUGCUGUCGUGACCCCAUGUGUUGAUUGACAGAAUGCAAAGAGUACACUUUUACAAUAAACAAUAAUAAUAAUCGAUAUUCUACGAUUUGGCUACCUAAUGAAGCGUCCACUGAGUGUGGUUUCUUCUACUCUGAGGGUUUGUAUGCAAAUUAUUGACCAUUAUUAUUGUGAUUAUUGUUGUACGUAAAUGUUGGCAGAUCUCUUAGAGUGGAUUUGAACGUCUCUUCUGUUAUUCUGUAUUUAUUUAUUUUAUUAUUAUUUUAUUUAAUUCAUUUCAUUUAUUUAUUUUGUAUUCAUGAAUUUAUUUUAUUGCAGUAGCAUCGCUUGGCCUUGGAGGAGGUCGAGAGCAGGGGUGUCCAAAUGUUUUUCCUCUAGCGAGGGCCACAUAGUGAAAAUUAAAAGGAUGCAACUAUGCCUCUUCCACUUCUUUAUUUCCAUAAUAUUUUGACUUUAUUCCCAUAAUAUUAUCACUUUUCCCCCAACCUCAUUUUCCAAAAAUUACCAAUUUUUGGAGGGGUCAUAAUAUUUCAACUCUAUAUUACUAAAAUGACAUUAUUUUUCCUCAUAAUAUUACAGUUUUAUUCUAGUAAAAUUGUGACUUUUUUUCUCAUUAGAAUAUGACUUUUUCUCAUCAUAGUUUGACUUUAUUCUUAUAAAAUUAAAGAUGUUUUUUUCCAUUUCUGCUGGAUUUUUUUCAACUAGUUCACCUUUUUGUAAAUUCUCUUCUCGUAAUAUGACUUUAGUCCCAUAAUAUUGCAACUUUUUAUCCAUUUUUAU